CGAAUAGACUAGAAGGGAGCGUUUGGUUCUGCAAUUUGGGAGAAUGAUGUGGGCCGACAUUUUUGUGACUAGUCAGCCAAGCUGGUCCAACUGUCAUCUCAGCCCUAUCUCCGGUUGUUAACUCCGUCAUUGUUUCACCAAACACAAGUAUUUUAAAGGUCUCUGUGCCCUUCCACCUUACUGAACAGAUCACAGUCAUAAUAGUCUGACAUCUGAAUCUUGGCAUAUUCGUCUCAAAAUGGUCAAUGUUGCUAUUGCGGGCGCGACAGGCGCUAUCGGGCGUACCCUCCUGGAGGUUAUGGCUUCCCAGACCCGCCAUCGGCCGUUCGCCCUCACACGAAGAGAACCCACAAAAAUUGACUAUCUACCUGCCCCGACAUUCCAAGUCAAUUAUGAGGAUAUCAAUUCACUCAAGUUAUUCCUGGAAGAACACAACAUUCACACGGUCAUCAGCGCCUUUGGCAUCAACGCAACCUCUCUCGCAGAGUCGCAACUAAAUCUCAUCAAAGCUGCUGAAGCGUCUUCAGUAACAAAGACAUUCAUUCCUAGCUCUUUUGCAAUUCCUUAUCCGGAAGAGGACGUCUCUAUCCUUCCGCCUCUUGAACACUACUUUGCCUCUUUCAAGGCCCUCGAGAAUAGUAACCUUGAAUGGGCUCCUGUCUAUAAUGGCACCUUUCUGGAAUACAUCGCACCUCCAACACUGAAGUCGUACCAUCCCCACAGUGUGCUGGUGCUUGAUGUGGAGAACAAUAUGGCAGCCAUUCCAGGGGAUGGCAAUGUGCCAGUCACUUUUACGUACACUUUUGAUAUUGCACGCUUUAUUGUUGCUGCCUUGGGCCUCGAAGAGUGGCCGCGGGAGUUUCGUAUUGCCGGUGACGAAAUCACAUUCAAUGAAUUGUUGAAGCUUGCCGAAGAGGUAAAGGGGGUGGGAUUUGACGUCAUCCAUGAUGCUAUAGAGAAGCUAAAGACAUCACAAAUCACGGAACUACCUGGUCAUGUUAAACCGUACAACAAGUUUCCCAAAGACAGACUUCAGUGGUUCUUAGCCAUCGUUGAAACUUGGAUGGCUACGGGUCAGGCGCGGAUAGCGAGGGAGGGGAGUUUGAACGAGAUGUUCCCGGAGAUCAAGCCAUUGACUGCUAGGCAGAUGAUGGAACGAUAUUGGAAGACUAGCCUCAAGUGAUGAUAAAGAGUGAUUAUUGUACCACACUUCCUCUUGAAAUACCAAAAGCUCAUAGGUCUGGUUGGGCUCAGCUCGGGCCACUACUAAUGGUCCUGAACAUUGGCUGUAGUGUCUCAAAAUCUUGAACGCAGACUUGAUGGGAUGAACUUGGUAAUUCAGAGAGCCUAAUAGACGCACGAAGAUCAUUUCAGACGGAUACAGACACCUCGUACACUAUGUGUUAAGCCCUAU